CACGCAUCAAGGACUCAAACACAUACCACACACUCCACCUCAUCCACCAUGGCUCGUAUAUGCGUAGGUCAGAUCACAUCUACGGGAAACAUGGCGGAAAAUCUGGCGCAGUGUCGCAAGGUCUUGCAAAAAGCCUUCGAAGCCGGAGCAAAGGCUCUGUUUCUACCAGAAGCAAGUGAUUACAUCGGGACAUCAUCUUCAAAUUCGCUCGAGCUAUGCCAAUCCGUGGAUCGAUCGCCUUUCGUCUUGGGACUUCAAGCAGACGCCAAGAAGUAUCGCCUGCCGAUUUCAGUGGGAAUUCACGAGCCAAGCGGCGACCUGGCACGGCAAGGACGCAUCAAGAAUACUCUAAUCUGGAUCGAUGAACAAGGUCAGAUUGCUCAGCGCUAUCAGAAACUUCAUCUCUUCGAUCUUGACAUCAAAGAUGGGCCUUCUAUGAAAGAAAGUGACACGGUCGAGCCUGGCAAGGUGUUGCCGAAACCUUUUGACUCUCCUGUAGGCAGGAUUGGUGCUAUGAUCUGCUUUGAUCUUCGCUUUCCUGAACUUGCGCUGGCUCUGAAGCGUCAGCAUGCUGAUAUUCUGCUGUAUCCGUCCGCCUUCACCAUUCCAACCGGCCAUGCUCAUUGGAUGCCAUUGCUUCGCGCCCGUGCGAUCGAAACCCAGUGUUAUGUGGUGGCCGCUGCUCAGGUUGGAUCGCACAACGAAAAACGUGCAAGCUACGGCCACAGCGUAGUCAUCGAUCCUUGGGGCAAAGUUAUUGCAGAGUGCAGUGGUGAGAAGCAAGAAGAACCUGAAGUGAUAUUCGCAGACAUAGAUUUGAAUAGGGUGCAGGAAAUACGGACUCAGAUGCCGCUACUGAGAAGAACAGACAUAUAUUCAGAGGUCUAA